AUGUCUUCACAUAAUAAUAAUAAAUAUAAUAUUUUCUCACCAUACAAUAUCUCUCACCUAAACACGGUGUCCAUAGAUCCACCACCAGCAGAGAUGACCCCAGAAUUGGCCGACGAACUGGACUGGUGGGGAAACGUAAAAUUCACAUUUGACGUGCCACCUGGUAUGGGCUUACUAGACGACGACUUUGACGUUUCCACAAAGGUGACCAAACUUAAAAAUGAUGACGUGGUUAAUAGUAACGUGGUGGGAGUUAAUACGAGUGCUGGGGUGUCAGGUUCUACUGAUGGUUUUCAAGAUUUUGAAAUUUUGCCUCAAGUAUUUACUUCUGGACUACCUCAGUAUAUCACAUUUACAACCACCAAUCCCGUUGUUACGCACAUGCAAUCAUUAACGCCAACCAUUCCCACCAGAACUGGUAAUCAGAUGAUCUUGCCUAAGCAAUCAUCGUCUACUACCGAAAAAAAAAUUGCACCUGCUCCCUCACCAAUUACGACUACUAGCACCUCGUCAAAUCGUAAAAACUCGGGAAUUACAAAAUCGUCUAGUUCUACAUCACAACGUCAAGAUAAAAAAGUAGUGGUUGCUACUUCCGAUGCUCCCAAUAGCAAUAGCAGUGAUACAUCAUCGAAAUCUGCGAAAUCUACCGUAAAGUUGGAUGACAAUAAAAAAGUCGAAGAAAAAGAUAACGCUAAAACCACCACAUCUGCCACAAGCACCACAUCAAAAACAGAUAAAAAAGAUGAUAAUGCUGAGGAAAACAAAAAAACAAUUGAUUCUGAUACUGCAGCGAAACUCGCCGCUGAAGAAGAUAAACGCAGACGUAAUACCGCUGCAUCGGCUAGAUUCCGGAUUAAAAAGAAAAUGCGAGAACAAGCUCUUGAACAUACUGCCAAAGAAAUGACUGCAAAGGCUGAGAUGCUUGAAGGUAAAGUGAAAGAAUUGGAAUUGGAGGUGAAGUGGCUUCGUAGUUUGAUCGUGGAAAAAGAUGCCAGACUAUUGGAUAUCGAAAGGCCUGAAAAGAGAAGGAAACUCGAUUCUUCCAGUUAA